AUGAUAGUGAAACCAUUUUCAUUACUUGAUUCCGAUGUCAAAAUUGGUCUUAUCUGCCUUAACACCGAUCCGAGAAAAGUAACUACUAUGUUUACAACACUCUUUGAAAAGUCUUUAUUUACUAUAUUCGUGGAUGGAUUCGCUAACCACAUUCAUGAUAGCCAAUUUAAGGAUUCGCAUUUACCCAACAUGGUUAGUGGUGAUUUUGAUUCCAUUCGACCCGAAGUGAAGGAGUUCUAUGAAAGUAAAAAUACUAUUCAAGUCGUUACGACUCCUGACCAAGAUGAGACUGAUUUUACCAAAGCUAUCUUACUUAUGGUUGAAAGUUCAAAAUGUAAAUUAGACUACGUAGUUGGUCUUUACGGAAGUGGUGGUCGCCUGGACCAUGAAAUGGGAAUUAUGAAAUCAUUAUACAUUGCUAAAACGCUUUCAAAAUUUCCAGUCAUCCUUGUCACUGAAUCCUCCAUCUCCUGUCUGCUUGAUGAGGGAGAUAAUUGCAUUAUCAUGGACUCCUUUCCCACCUACCAAUACUGUGGUUUAAUUCCGCUGGGUAAGCCCGUUAGAACAUCAACGUGCGGUCUGCAAUGGAACUUAGAUGAUGAAUACCUAGACUUCGAAGGUAUUGUGUCAACAUCUAAUCGUAAUACCACAUCGACUGUCAGGGUUCACUGCGAUGGUCCCCUCCUGUGGACUGUUUCCAACCCCUUUACUAAAAUUCUUAAGGUCGCGGAGUUUCCCUAA